AUGGUUAAGGCUCCUCCUGCCGAGAUGACAAGCGUUGGGGUGACGGACGGCUGGUGGGGACAGAGACCGGAGUUCGGUCCAGCAGAAUCGACGGUCACGGUACAGGAAGGGGAGACAGCCAAACUGCCUUGUGUCGUCCUCCAUCUCAACGACAAGUCUGUAACGUGGCUGAGGCGGAGGGACCUACACAUUCUGACAACAGGAUUCCACACCUACUCUGCCGACCAACGAUUCCAGGUGGUGCACGCUGAGGGAAGCACGGAGUGGACGCUGGUGGUUCGGUACUCACAGCUGAGGGACGCGGGCGUCUACGAGUGUCAGGUCAACACCGAGCCCAAACUCUCCCGUCACGUCACUCUCAGAGUCCACGAUCCCAGCCAUGUUGUGACCAAGACAAAGGUCUUCGUCGCCAACAACACAGCGUCUACUAAGGACGGAAACCUUAAGGUGGAGAUCUUGGGGCCACGGGAGCUGUACAUCGAGGAGGGCUCCUCUCUCACCCUCACCUGUCUGGUGACCUCACUCCGCGGUCCCUCAGCCCUGGUCUACUGGUACCAUGACACCAGCCUCAUCGACUACAACUCCCCCAGGGGCGGCGUCAACCUCAAGAUUGACCGAGGUCGAGGAGAGACAACGACCCGACUUGUGGUGUCGUCAGUGGGUCCUGGUGACUCUGGCAUGUACUCCUGUGUCCCCCAGGGUUCACACCCCGCCACCGUCCUAGUACAUGUACAGAAGGGUGAACACGAAGCAGCCAUCCAGCAAGGAGGACUGAGUGCCGCUCCUUCUCCAGCAUCUGUUUCCCUCUUCCUCUCCUGCCUCUUCCUUCCCCUUCUUUACCUCAGCCUUCUCCCCUCAGCCAUAACCAGCGACCAUGCUCCUCUCCACCUGUUGUGCUCCUCAGCCCUCACCUCCGCCCUCACACACCUAACUUCGCUUCUGACUUUCGAUUUCCCAGUUAACUUAGCAGACGUUAACAGAGAGAAGAGGCUUCACUAUCAGACUUUCCUCAGCUUGGCUUCUUACUGCUUCCCACAUGUGGAAUUUCUAGCUCCUCCGACAACUAUACAUGUCUCGUCACCAAUACUGAACGCCCGACGUUCACAGGUCCUUAGUGAACGCCUAUGGACACCCUCCCUACCUAUGGCAAGCGUUCUAUCUCCAAGGUACAAGUGUGGACUAGGGAGAAGGUCUCGACCAUCGCCACUAAACACUGAGCCAUAGUGUAUUAGUUUGUAAACAAAAUCAUACUAAUUUGUUUUGUCAUGUCAUAAAAUAAGAUCUGUGCUUUCUAAAUGUUAGUUAUACAUGAUUGUGAAGUACUAAUGGUUAGCUUAUUUGCUUAAAAACAAUUAUUAUAGCUAGAAGUAUUUCAUUUCUACGCUUUGCUAUGUAUAGAAGCCCAUUUGGAAGCAUUAUGGUGUGACAGAGAAGAUUUGAUUAGCAGAAUAAAUAACUUCAUUGUAUGAUUGACAACAAUUUCCAAUAUUUUGUAAAUAUAAUUCCGAGGUCAACUGUUGAAUAACUGAUGAUGGCAUCAAAGACAUUAAAGCUUUGAUUGCCAUAUCACUACAUUCAUCAUUGCCCUUCCUGACUCUUCAUUGAUUGCCAUAUCACGACAUUCAUCAUUGCCCUUCCUGACUCUUCAUUGGGUAUGGAAGUGAAGAUAUAAGGCGGAAAUAAACAUACGAGGGGGUAAUAAUGGAACAAGAGCCGAUGAUUUUCUAUCUCGAGUUUAUCUUGAGAUGAUUUCGGGGCUAAGCGUCCCCGCGGCCCGGUCCUCGACCAGGCCUCCUUCAACUCCUUUAGAAUGUGACCUUCAGGCCACACUCACCUUUUCUCUAUAUCUUCUAAGAAAAUCACAUAACAUUCUUAAAUUUCCGUUCUGUAAACACGCCAGGAGUAUGGACCUCUCUCUCCCUUUCUUCUCUGGGAUACCAUCCAGUUGGCGUCUCCAGAACCCUCGGGCCAGAUUCACGAAAGCACUUACG